AAACUUUCAAACUGUCCUCACCUCAACCAUCUCUGCCGUAACCACACUUUCCAACCGUCCACUGAUUCCUCAAAGGUCGGAGAGGCAUUGCGAUGAGUGAGGUGUUCGAGGUGUACGAGCAUCACUAUUGCGAGCUCUCUGCCAAUCUAUCAAGCUACUGCACUGCCGCUACUGUACUUGAUGGAGAGCAAAAGAAGCAGAAAAUUUCCGAAAUAAAAACUGGAUUAGAUGAUGCGGAUGGUUUGCUUCAGAAAAUGGAUCUUGAGGCAAGGAGUUUGUCACCUAGUGCAAAGGCAACCCUUCUUGCUAAGUUAAGGGAAUAUAAAACUGAUUUCAAUAGUUUGAAAAAUGAAUCCAAAAGACUCACAUCAGCUAAUGCUAAUCUGGCUGCAAGAGAUCAGCUGUUGGAGUCAGGAAUGGCAGAUGCACUAUUGGUAUCUAAUGAUCAAAGAGGAAGACUGCUGAUGACAACAGAGAGAUUAAAUCAGUACACUGACAGAAUUAAGGAGAGUAGAAGAACAAUGCUGGAAACAGAAGAGCUCGGCGUCUCGAUCCUACAAAAUUUGCAUCAACAGCGACAAUCUCUACUACACGCCAAUAACACAAUACAUGGUGUGGAUGACAAUGUUAGCAGGAGCAAGAAGAUAUUGACAUCCAUGUCAAGAAGAAUGAGCAGAAACAAAUGUAUCAUUGGCUCCAUAGUCGCAAUCCUAGUUCUUGCAAUCAUAUUCAUCCUUUAUUUUAAGCUGACUCAUUAGUCCACCUUUUCUUGUCCAAAAAUUUAAUUGGCUCAUAUUAGCGUGUAUGUUGUGCUUUUCUUUCAUGAAUGCGUGCGCAAUACUCUCGUAUCUUUUUACCUAAUUUUUUUUUUCCCCAAUUUAAUUUACUCAAAGAAGAAGCCUAUUUCUCCCUUCAUCAUCAAGUGUGUCAUAGUCUCUCUUCUUUAUUACAUAUAUUCAAAUGUAUGAUUUUCUCUUUUUUUUUUUUUUUUUUUUCUUUGGUGGGCAAUAGGGGAGGAAAAUGCAUGUACUUUUAAGAUCUUUCUAGCAAAAAUUUAAAAUCGCCGCAAUUACCUUGUACUAUUAUUUAAACAGUUUAUGGAAACUUCCUAUAGAUAUCAUUGGGUGUAUUUUUUUUUUUUUUUUUUUUUUUUUU